GACGAUAUGAGCUUAAUGAAGGCUCGUCCUCUACCACCAGGAUGCUUACGACACAAGUCCAUCAAUUGCAAACUGAGCUCGCACAAGUUAGGCAAGAAAUGGCAGAGCGAGUACAAUCAGAGAUUGCACGUAUUCAGUUAGAGGAAUCACAGAGAGUUUCAGAAAUGGAGGCUGCGUUUGAUAGGAGAAUUCAACAACAUAUUGCAUUACUUAGCCAGCAGUAUGCAUCUAUAGGACUUUCGCCAUCACAGACUGUUGGUCCUUCACAGGCUAGUGGUCCUGCACAGGCUGGUGGUCCUCCUUUAGAGGCUAGUGGGUCCAGAUUUGAUCAUUUAUCACCACUUACUUAGGUGGAGAAUUAGAAUAAAUUUGGUGUUUAGGAAAUAUGGAAAGAUAACAUUGUUUAUAGUUUUCCAUUAAACCAUAGGAUUUCUUUGUCAAAUUUAAGAUUUGGUAAUUUCAUUGCAUUAUAUUUAUUUUAAUAGAGAUUUAUGCUUGAUAUUGUUUAUUUUCUCUUCUUAGGUUCUCUCUGUUUGUUGGGAUUUUGCAAGAUGAAGUGGAUCCAAAGGAAGGGAAAUGAAGGUUGAAAGACUCC